CUGCUGUCCUCGGUCCUGAAAAGUCUAGAAAAUCUUGGCGACAACUUCGCCGGCUACCGCGGACUGACUGGGAGGACGACGAGCCGAGGCUGUGGGAAAAGUUAACGGGGACUUCUUGGUGCGCUAACGAGUGACACGAUGACACUGAGCAGAGUUCAGCCGCCUCCUCUGCUCAUUUUAACUCUGGUCGUCCACUGGAGCCAGCCAGUGUGUGUGGAUGUCCCUUCGGCCACAGAAGCAGUCUUGGGAGAACGCAUGAAGCUGACCUGCAUCUCGUGUAUGAAGAGAGAGGAAGUCCGAUCCACAACGAUUGUGGAUUGGUACUAUGCACCAAAUGAGCAGAGCAAAAUACGUAUAUUGCAGUACAAGGAUGGCAGACCAAAGGUGGUGCAGGGACCAUGGCAUGGCCGCCUGACCUGGAAUGGAAGCGUGGACCUUCAGGAUAUCUCCAUCAGCAUCGUCGGUGUCACCUACAAUGACACUGGUACAUACUUCUGCCAAGUCUUCCGCCAGUUUGAGUUCGACUAUUUCACUCCCUCGAUAACAAAUACGAAGAAAAUCGAGUUGAGGGUGAAGGCGAAAGCAAGUCAAGACACCACGGCGCUCUACUCUGAGAUCAUGAUGUAUGUACUGCUGGUGUUCCUGACUCUCUGGCUGCUGGUAGAGAUGGUCUACUGCUACAGGAAGAUCUCCAGGUCUGAUGAGCAGGCACAGGAUGCAGUGACAAACUACCUAGCCAUUCCCUCUGAGCACAAAGACAACUCAGCUGUUCCCGUUACCGAAUAA